GUUAGUUGUAUCGAUCUUGGCAAUGGUAAUUGGCGUUUCUUCUGGGACUACAUGUACAGAUCCAAAUGCAAGCGGGUAUACAAUAAGCUCAUCAUCUUAUACUAAUGCCGCCUUUACUGGUGGGAUCGAUGGGUACCUAAUCCGACUUGGCCCAAUCUCUGGAGAUUUUUACUACCUAAGCAUAGGUGAUAAUGGCUCUAGUAACAAAACUGUUAUUCAAAGAAUGCAACAAGAUGGAACUAAUGUCUGGGCGAAAUAGCUAUCUUAGAAGCGCUGGAAAUUCUAUUGAUCCUUAUAUUGAUACUCUGGUGAUUGACUUCCAAGAGUCCAACUGAUAUUUUGCUGAUUCUAAUCAGAGCGAUAUAACAAUUGUAGAGUUCUUAUGAGCAACAGGAGUUGCUCAGAGAGUACUAUCCUCUUCGGGACUCCUCAGUGCUAAUGCAUUUUUUAGAAUGAGCCCAGUGGAAGGAAGCCCUGGAUUCAUAUUUGGGGCAACUUCUAUUCCAUUACUUUCAGCAGUGGUAUGAGUAUUUGAAGGUGGAACAUCUCCAUUAAAUUGAGUUCAGGCAAGCUCAGGAUAUUUUCCAAGAUUUGCGGUCCCACUAGAUUCAAACAAUUUAUUCUACUGCUUAGAUGGAGGAUCUACCGAGCAAUCUUUUUAUUACAUCAAAGCUGACCUGACGAAUCCAAAUGUAAAUGUAUGGGGAACAAAAGUGUCUUGACCUGUAGCUAGUUGAACUGGUUUUGAAGGAAUUGCUCUGUAUGAUAAUGCAAGAAAAUACAUUUAUAGCAUAUACAUUUACAACUCAGUUGCAAUUUUCUCUGUUUUGAAUUCCAAUGAUGGGAAUCAAAUUGAUUCUCAAUAUACUGAUGCAAACACUUGAUAUGAUUUUCAUGAAAUGGUAUGGAAAGAUGACCAAGUAUAUAUAUGUAUCACUUGAUCAUCUCAAUCUCUUUCUAUAUAUAAUAUUACUUCUGGAAGCUUCACUUCUUAUGAAUCUGCUUCUUUUUCAAAGAAAAUUAGAGGAAUGGUAGCAAGUGAAUUUUUAUUUAUCAUUGGAAGUGAGACUUCUGGAACAAAUAAGGGGUAUCUUUUAAAAACGCUUCUUAGUAAUCCAACUGUAAAUAGUGACAUAAUAGCUGGAACUUCGUUCACAGUCACAAACGUAGAUUAUCUUCUCCAAAGUAUUACUCCAAAUUUUACAACAAUCAUACAAAUUAAUACCUUCACAGAUUCAGGUGCAAUUUCUGAUUUGAGCAUAACACUACCUUUUACUGUUGAGUCGUCUGGAACGAUUUCAUACUAUUAUAGUACUUUAACUUAUUCAGGUCUGCAAGCCAAUCAGCAAUAUGUUAAAAACAUAUAUCUGACUUGAUAUGCAAGUGGCUCAGGAUCUAUCACUCAUGUGCUCGAUGAUGGAAGUGGAGGAUCACCUCUUACAUGGGUCACUCUAGAUUCGACUGCUCAGACAUUGACAAUGAACACUCCUAAUGUGACGACCACAACUUCAUACAAUGUGUAUAUUCAAUCGACAGUCGGAGGAAGUACAUACUCAAGGCAAGUGGUCAUUUCAGUGGAUCCUGAAUCAUCUUCAGGUAGUUCUACGAGCUCAUCUUCCCAAAUUUCUGCAAACGAUACCAAACUUCAGCCAGAUUCAUUUUCUCAAUCUGCAGAAACAACGACUGUUACCAUGGUUGGAGCAACCGCUGGGGUCGCAACCAUCAGCACAGUUGCUUUGCAAGGAGGACUUCAAGGCCUAUGGAGUGUCGUCCACCAGUUCCAGUUUUACCUGCUGAUCCCUCUGCUCAGUCCAACAGUCCCUGACAAAAUCACUGAGUUCUUAGAAGGCAUGGACUUCUGUCUCUUCAACUUCGACUUCAUCAGCUUCGACUCUUUCGCAGUGUUCGUGGAGACAGAAAAGCUGAUGAAGUGCAACUCUGAGUCAGGGUAUCUGUACGACAUUGGGAUCAGGUACCAGUGAUUGUUUCUGAGCAUGUUCCAGUUCUUUAUGUCACUCUUGCUCGCAAUGAUUAUGCAUGUGGUUAUCAUAAUUUUGUACAUUAAAUUUAGAAAGUAUGAAUCCAGACUCUCGUGGCCAAUCAGGUAUUUGUUCAAGCUUUUAACUUUGAAUUUCUACAUCCGAUAUUUAGUUGAGGCAUACCUUAUAUUGGAUCUUGCAAGUUCAAACGAAGUGUAUCUUUCUGAUUUUUCAUCUACUGGCAAAGUGCUCUCAUACUGUCUCUCGCUAGUCAUUGUGAUAUCGCUUAUGCUCACGAUUGUAUUGGCAUAUAUUAUUUCUAAAAGAGUGGCUCAAGACAAAAUCAACUUGGAAACAACUUACUUCUCUGAAAUCGUUGAUGGUACCAAAGAAACUUUCUGGGCCAGAUUCGCCAUCUUUUUCCACUUGCUCAGAAUAUUCUGCAGUGUCACCUGGAUCGUCAUGAGUGUGUCUUUUGGCUCUGUUGCUAGAGCCAUAGUCUACUGUCUAAUUCAGUUUGCCUUCGUCUCCAUCAAAGUAACAAUCAGGUAUUAUGAGGAGCCUAAAGACAACAUUGUAGAAAUCUUAGACGAUCUCAUGUAUCUAGGACUCUGAAUUGUGAUUGUUGUGCAAGCUAACGAAUACAACUGGAAUGAAUCAUUGGUCAACACUGUCAUCACAGUAAUGACCCUGAAUACGUUGAUUAUAUUAAUCAUCAAUAUCUUUGCUUUGGUUAUCGCUAUUCUUAAUUAUCUAAAAUCUAAACGAAGGAUGAAAAUAUCUCAAGAUACUACUAUUCCAAGUAAAAGAGAAGAUCUAAAAAUAAAUCCCUCAAAUUCAUUAAAUAAGACCAAGAAAUCUAAAAUGCAAAGAUCAGGAACAUCCAUCAACAUCUUUGAAGAGGAGAAGCAUGAAGGUAUGAGUAGGAACUAUGCUUCUGAUUUGACUCCGAAUGAAAUCAAUGUUUCUGAAUAA